AUGGCGACCAACAGACCCAGAGACCGCGGCCACGGGCUACACACUAAAGACAGCGUCAGAGCCCCGGUCGUUCACCAGACAAUCUACCAGAAGUUCUAUCACAACUACAAGAUCAAUAUCGGCUUGUUUCAUGGCAUAACGCGUUGGGAUGUCUUCUUCUGGUUUGUUGCUCCAAUUACUGUCGUCUUGACAGCCUCCCUUCUCACGUUUAUCCUGCUCUCAUCAUCCCUCUGUGCCGAUAUGAAGUUGCGAUGGUGGCCGAGGGACCAUGCCAUGAUAAAGGACUACGGCUCUUUUCCUACCAUCGAACAGGCUAACAUUGUGCUCGCUGACAUGCAACUCGUCGAGACCGAGCUGUGUAUGAUCUGGACUAUAAACAAUGAGCAGUUGGAAAUACUCAAAAACACAAACUGGACCGUUCCCAAUCCGCGGGCAAUCCCUCCCAUCGAGAUCCUAACACCCACGCCCGGUGCUCUCGACGAGCUACGAGACCGCAAGCUAGCCAUCAACGACAUGCUGGAUACGUACUGCGACUCCCGCGAGAACCAUUUCCUCCAACCCGUCCGAACCGGCGGCCAACGCUUCUUCCACCGCCUCGCGCUCCUCAAGCCCAGCAUCACCCACACCCUCAACAUGGCCCACAUCCGCUCUCGGCUCCUCUUCUGGAUCUCGCCCUCGCCCGACGAACAAGCCCAGAACGCGAGCUGCAAGCUCUGGACCGAAACGACGCGUGAAUCCCUCCGCGCAAGCGACGCCGUCAUCGCCACCCACCAGUCCGCCACCCACCUCCAGAACCUCAUCCGCCUCGACAUGGCCACGCACACAAACGUCUUCCACCGAGCCGAAUACCACAACACCAGGGACAUGAACUCAUCGGCACCGUCAACCCUCCGCGACCUCUCCCACGACCGCUCCCGCGCAGCCAUAACCAGCAUGGCCCGGCUGCAGACCAAGCAGCACGACAAAAUCUCCAGCAUCCUGCACUCGCUGCGCCGCCUCUUCGACCGCUGGUGGUUCGUCGCCUGGGCCGCAGGCGUGCAGCUCGAGGGCCGUGAGUGUGCGUCGUUCCGCGUCUUCAAGGGGACGUGGGAGUGGCUGGACCAGAAGUUCUAUGCUGAUGAGGCGGUGGGGGGUGGCAGUGGGUUGGAGCGUGGGCCGUUGAGGAGGCUGGUUAGUGUGUUUGGGAGUGAUUUUGCGCAGAGCAAGGUCGUGGACAUGGCGUUUGAGGGGAUGGAUGCUGAAGGGUGGGUUAGUGGGGGUGAGUCGAAGAAGGAUGCUGAUGACCCCGUCCAACCCUUCACACACAAUGGGCGGAGAUGUAGAAACACCGCGUUCCAUCCACAUCUGAAACAGUCUCAUCGUGUAUCUCAUGUCGCACAACAGCUCACUGACUGCAUCGUCCACUCCGAACACACGAUAUACACCUCAUACCGUCGCCCUCUCCCCCUCGACUUUCAACCAUUGUCACUCACAAACUUUCCUCAAAACCAUCACCACCACCAUUAUCACCAAUUUUUCCAUCCUCUCACUCACGCCUCCACAACCUCCAUGCCCGACCCCGUCCUCCCCGAAAGCCCCUUCCGCUACUCCUGCCCAGCCUGUUCAAGAAAGUACAAGCAGCGAAACCCCUACUACGCGCACGUCAUGCUGAACGACUGCGGCCUGACCACGAGCCGACAACGAAACCAAGCGAGGCACGCCAUGGAAGGAGGCGGUGAGUAUCAAGCGGAGGCUAUACAGCAGGACACGGACAUGGACACAGACACAGACAUAGAUACAGCCGCUACAGACAGCGAUACAUUGGAAGAUGCUGAGGAAGAUGCUGAGGAAGAUGCCGAGGAAGAUGCUGAGGAAGAUGCCGAGGAAGAUGCUGAGGAAGAGAAGGACGGGAAUGACGAGAUAAGCGUUACGCCAUCAGCCCGCGGGAAAGAACACACGCGAACCCGCGCGAAGAGUCUAGAUGGAAAGACGUCCCUGCGAUCAUUAUCCCCCAAGCGCGACGAUGACGAUACACCGAUUCGGUACCGAGUCCGCAGUCCGCUUCGGAACCGCCACGAUGCAACGGAUGAUGCACAUACCGCCCGCCACGACAAGCGCGGGAACCGCCGUCAGCGUCGGCAGCAGGAGAUGGAGCGUGGAGAAACGCCGGACGUGGCGGCCCAACACCAACACGACAUCAUCGCCGCCGCCGCCGCCGCCGCCGCCGCCGAACAUCCAGACACAGCAGUACAAAGCUCACUACCUACUUCUUCGGAUGGAGCAGUGACCCUGUCAAACGCUCCGCUACACACGCUUUGGGUCAUGUUAGGCGGGCCGGUUAUGAGAGAUGGGGAGGGAAGGAUUAGGCCGGGGUUGACGUGGCCGCGGGAGGGGGGGGAGGGAGCGUGA